GACGGCUUCUGAUUGGUGGGCAGUUGUGUCCUUUAGCCAAUCACUGAGCGUCUCAUUUGACGGCCAUUCGCAUUGUCUAUCGGACCAACAGUGUGCUCAAGGUUUUCUGUCCUGAAAGGAGAAAACUCUGUUGCACCAUGGGUGUGUUGUCCACACUGAUGAGGGGUCUGGUAAGGGGAGCGGACCGAAUGUCAGAAUUCACCAGCAAACGUGGAUCAAGAACUCAUAAUAAAGGCAGAGGUGCAAGGCCCACUGGAUUAAGGCUCUCCAGCGGAAAGUUCCUGUCCGUGUCAGCCAUGAUUCCCGAGUUUGUGGUCCCCAACUUGGAGGGAUUUAACCUCAAGCCCUAUGUAUCGUAUCGUGCCCCUAGAGGAACAGAGCCCCCACUCACAGCACAGAGUUUAUUUGCUGAGGUUGUAGCUCCUCAGAUCAAGAAAGACUUUGAAGAGGGCACUUUCAGCAAAGAACAGCUGGAGAAAUAUGGAUUUGAACCAACGCAGGAGGGCAAACUAUUCAAACUGUACCCCAAGAACUUUGUGCGUUAAAGACUUCAUUAAGGAAAGUCACAGACUGAUAAGACUUAGAGCCGCACACCAAUAUUUAAGCAACUCUUCUGUGUUGUCAAGAAUUUGUGCUUGAAUUUCCUAUAACACAAUCAUUUGAAUAAAUAAGACUGAACAUGUCUUUCUGUAAAA